UCCCCGGCCAAAGACUGCCAAACACAAGAAGCUGUAUUAACUCGGCUCAUAAUAAGUCUGUAGGCUAGUUUCUGUUAUUUGUUUAAGUAAUGUAGAAUGGCGUCGGGUUUUGGGAAGAUUGUCGUUGGUACUUAUGUGGAGAUAAAACGCAGUGAUGGACGUAUACACCAGGCAAUGGUGACCUCACUGAAUGAGGACAACGAGAGUGUCACAGUGGAGUGGAUAGAAAAUGGAGAUACAAAAGGGAAAGAGAUUGACUUGGAGAGUAUAUUUGCACUUAACCCAGAUGUGGCUCCAGAUGAGGAAAUUGCCCCUAGUCCAGAAACUCCUCCUCCACCUACACCCGCGUGUGUGAAGGUCAACAAAAUUGCUAAGAACCGUCGGACGAUAGCACCUACUAAGAAUGACACUCCGUCCAGGGAUAACAGAGUGAUUCCGACCCGGGCCAGACCCCCACAAUCCCAGCAACCUGAGCCUGCACCGCCGCCUCCAUCCCAGCAGCCUGCACAGCCCACUCAAGCUCAAACACAACAGCAACUGCAGAAUGAAUCCUCACAUCAGCCGAUAUCCAGAAAGGAGUUUGGACAGCUUUCGAGGAGGAAGUCAAACUGUGUGAAGGAGGUGGAGAAACUGCAGGAGAAGAGAGAGAGGCGUCGGCUUCAGCAACAGGAGCUCAGGGAGAAGAGAGCUCAGGAGGUGGAUACCACCAUCCCGAACUAUGAGAUCAUGUACAUGAUCAGAGAUUUCCGAGCCAGUCUAGACUACCGACCCCUGACCACAGCAGAUCUGAUUGAAGAGCACAGAAUAUGUGUUUGUGUAAGGAAACGUCCACUCAACAAGAAAGAGUUGUCCAUGAAGGAUUUGGAUGUGAUCACCAUCCCUAGUAAGGACGUGGUGAUGGUUCAUGAACCGAAACAAAAAGUGGACCUCACCCGCUACCUGGAGAACCAAACAUUCCGCUUUGACUACGCCUUUGAUGAUAGCACCACCAACGAGAUGGUUUACAGGUUCACUGCCAGACCUCUAGUGGAGACCAUUUUUGAGAGGGGCAUGGCCACCUGCUUUGCCUAUGGGCAGACAGGCAGUGGAAAAACACAUACUAUGGGUGGAGAUUUCUCUGGAAAGAACCAAGACUGCUCUAAAGGAAUUUAUGCAUUAGCUGCUCGGGAUGUAUUUCUCAUGUUGAAGAAGCCCAACUACAAGAAGUUAGAUCUACAGGUUUACGCAACCUUCUUUGAAAUCUACAGUGGAAAGGUGUUUGACCUGCUGAAUCGUAAAGCUAAGCUGAGGGUGCUGGAGGAUGGGAAACAGCAAGUGCAGGUUGUGGGGCUUCAGGAGAAGGAGGUCAAGUGCACAGAGGAUGUCCUGAAACUCAUAGAAGUGGGCAACAGCUGCAGAACAUCAGGGCAGACAUCAGCCAACGCCCACUCAUCUCGCAGCCACGCUGUAUUCCAGAUUAUUCUUCGGAGGAAGGGGAAGAUGCACGGCAAAUUCUCCCUCAUUGACCUUGCAGGGAAUGAGAGGGGGGCCGAUACAUCGAGUGCCGACCGCCAGACUCGUCUGGAGGGAGCUGAGAUCAACAAAAGCCUGCUGGCCCUAAAGGAGUGUAUCAGGGCUCUUGGCCGUAACAAGCCCCACACUCCUUUCAGAGCCAGUAAGCUCACCCAGGUCCUGAGAGACUCCUUCAUUGGGGAAAAUUCACGCACAUGCAUGAUUGCAACAAUCUCUCCUGGUAUGACAUCCUGUGAGAAUACCCUCAACACACUACGCUACGCCAACAGGGUGAAGGAGCUGACAGUGGACCCCAACCAAGUGAUGGAGGGGGGUCGACCCAACAUCCACGCUGUCAACCAGCUGGAUCUUCUGGACGAGGAGUGGCUGAGUAUCUCGCCGCAGAGAGACGACCUGAAACUGCUCUGUGAGCAGAAUGAGGAGGAAGUGUCUCCCCAGCUCUUCACCUUCCAUGAGGCAGUGUCUCAGCUAGUGGAGAUGGAGGAGCAGGUCCUGGAGGACCACCGAGCUGUUUUCCAGGAGUCAAUCCGGUGGCUGGAAGAUGAAAAGGUGCUGCUGGAGAUGACAGAGGAGGUGGAUUAUGACGUGGAGUCGUACGCCACUCAACUGGAACAGAUCCUAGACCAGAAGAUAGAAAUCCUCACUGAGCUCCGAGAUAAAGUGAAGUCAUUCCGCUCUGCACUCCAGGAGGAGGAGCAAGCCAGUAAGCAGAUCAAUCCCAAGAGGCCACGUGCUCUUUAGAGACUGGAAGCUGAAGAGGUUUAAGUGGCACCUACAGAAACGUAACCACUAGAUGUUUGGCACAACUCAGGCUGUCACUAGCAGCUGUGAAAACACGAAUAAAAAGGACUGUCUGAUGUACCAACAGGCUCAAGGAAUUGCAUUUGUUAUGAUCCAUCUACUAACAAAACUGGCUGUUCACUCACUAUGGUCUCGUUAGAAAACUUAGGGAGGAAAAUAGUUUUACUUCCUUCCCAUUUUAGUAGAUUUUUUUUCAUGGACAAUGUUUUGUCUCCCCUCUCUGUUCUUCUUAAAUUAUUUUCUUUUAUACUUGUUUGUACUUUCUUUGAACAGAAUAUUUUUGACCUGGUUUCAGAAGAGAUCCUUAUCCUCAUUUAAGGUUUACCACACAAAACCAGUAUUUGAUUCCUGGUUGCUUUGGCUGACAUGUCUGCAUGUUCACUCUGUAAUAGUGUAUGUACACCACUGUCCUCUGUUUUUUCAUGCUUUUUGGUCCUCAGUUGGCAUUGUAAAGUCAUACCUCAUAAUGAGCGGUCUCUUCUCUCUUUUCCUUACUCCUCAGAGCAUUUACCAGUUUGGAAGAAGCCUUUAACCACAUUGCGCUUCUUCCUUUGUGUUUCUUUCCUUGUUCCCUUGACAGGUUUUUACAUGUAGUUUGCUUCAGUUCGUGCCAUGUCAUUCUAUGUGGCAACUGACUUAAAAACUCUAAAUGCAAAACAUCUUUUCCACACCUGUUUAACACUUUCUUAUAAAAAUGAAACUAGAAAAACUGCUAUUAAUAAAUGUAUAGUGAAGACCACUGACCUACCAUUGGUUAUGUUGCUCAGUGUUUGCACCGGAUGUAAUGCUGGAUGAAUUAAUAAAGAUUCAU